UCAAGGAUGUGUAGAUUCCAGCAGGGAAAUGAGAGCUGAAAUGAGCCGGCCUGUAAGUGAAGAAUCAGAGGACUCGGACACAGUGUUUAACAAACAGCUCUCUUUUUGGUGCCGAAGGUUGUAUGAAAGACCCAACAGGACACCACCUCAGCAGCAAGCGCCUUCACAACAGCAGCAUGAGAGAAAUACCAGACGUUUUUCCUCUCGCAGGCGCUGCACAGAUGAGUUCAACAGCUGGCAGGAGGAGACAGAGGACUUGGAUGAGGAACGUUAUGAAAAUGAUGAUUUACAAAGCAGAACAUCUAGGAGGCAUGAUCGGGAAAGAAACUACAGAGAUGAGGGUGUGAUGAGGAGUAGGGAUCAGGAUACAGAAUGUAGGUCAACUGAGGUUGGAGAGAGGCCACGUCGUCGCAGUGAAUCGGUUAGAUCACAUGACAGAAGCAGGCACAGAAACCGAGAUCUGCCAAGGACCUGGAGUUGUAGAGACAGUUCCGACAAACAUGUUCGUUUUAAGGAUGAUAACAAAGUUUGCAGGCAGCAGAGCGAAAGCAGCAAGGUUUGGGAGAUGCUCGGCCAUAUACUCAAAGAGAGGGGAGUGCCUGUGAGGUUUGGUGGCAGCGGGGCGCCACUGCAGAUAAAACCUCAAAGCAGAGACAGCCAGGUGCUUCAGGGUAGUGAGGUCUCAUAUCGCAACUCCCAACCACAUCAGAGAGCCUUCCAGAGAGCUGCCACCGCCAGGCACAGUUUCCAUGGAGAUAUCAGGGAGAGGAGGAGACCGUCACACCAAGAGAACAGUCGAAGAGAUCACAGAGAGGACCAAGACAGGCUUAGUGACCACGAAGAGGUUCAUGAAAUUAUCAAAAGAGACUCUAACAUUGAAAACGGAGAAAGACAAGGCAGCAAGAAGUGGAAAGAGCACAAAUACACAAACUGUGACGAGAACAGAGAGAGGGACAAUCGUAACAGAGUCAGGAGGACGACGAGUGAACGCACGCAUUGGCACAAGUUCACAGAAGAAAGGUUGAGCUCUGAGGAGGAGCAGGAGGAGGAGAGAAGAGUGGAGCGUCCUAGACGAAGGGCCCUCCAGCGUAGCCAAAGCUUCAGCAACAGAAGGGCUUCCACCAGGCAUAGGUUGAGCCGCGAGGCAGCAGGGGCUUCACUGGAACCAGAGACAAGAGAGGCGAGCCUGUGUCUGGGGGAGUUACAACAGGUCUUACAAGAUGAAGAACUGGCUCGGAAGCUUCAGAAGGAAGAGGAAAAGCUGCUAAGAAGGGUAUCCCAAUCAUCUCCACGCAGUUCUUAUCCAGAAGGGGACUUCAGAGUAGCACAAGUGGCACAAGAUGAGGAAAUUGCACGCUUUAUGCAGAAGCAGGAAAUCAAGUCAAAGCGUAGAUCUCAUGAGCUCGAAGGGCCAGCGUCUUGGCAGGAGCACAGAGCAAUGAUGAGUCACCAUGACAGACGGACAGCCAGAGAAAGACCGGGUCAACGAGAGCGACUCGACUCAGAAGGCCUUCCGUCACCUACUGAAGACUGCUUCCCAGAGAACCAGCCAUCCAGCCCCAUCACCACCAUACCAAAAGCCCAACAGAUGAGAAAUGUUGCAGAAGAUUUAGACCCAACCUUCCAGGCCAGGAGGCAGGACACGGAGAGCUUCCGAGAAGGACCAACAGGUCCAGCCAGUGGGUCAUGUCCCAAAGCCCAGUCUGGCCCACAUGACUUCCUUGAGGAAGCCUCAUUCAUCCCUCCAACAAAGCGGCAAACGGACAAACCAGGAAGGAGUAAACCUAAGGAGAAGAAGGAGGGCUGCAAGCAACAAUAA